GUGAUGGUGACAGCUGUCGUGAGUACUGCUACACCACUACUGUACCUCAGGGACAUUUUGUUUUAAUCUUUACGAACCUUCGACAUAACGACAUGAUGCCAGAGAAAGCUGCUUUUGAAAAAAAAAAUAAUGGUGAUGCUCUUCAUCCGUGCAGUAGUUUUGAAGACUGAAUUCCAGAUACCAGAAGAUUUGCGAUGACAUUAAAAUCCUUGCUACAUUAAGAGAUCGGUAAGAUGGGGAUACCAAUGAAAAACAGGAAGACGAAGAUAGAGAAGCCCAGACCUCUUAAGAUAUGCACCUUAGGGGACCAGUCCAUGGAAAGUGUUCUGUCGGAAAUGGACCUCGUGGCGCAGUAUCUUAACUCCUCAACCUGUGACCGAACUGUUUACCCAGCCAUUGUUGCACUUUGUGAAAACCUGAAGAUGUUUGGACCACAGCUAGAAAAUGUCUAUAAAGAUCAACUUGAUAAAUGCUAUAUAUCUCUCCGAAAUGGUUGCCGUGAUGAUCGUUUGAGUCUAGCUGCUCGGUAUCGCCUUCUUGAAGUGAUAGAACUUCGAGCAAUGCAUUGGCAACCUAAUGAGAACCUCAUCAAUUAUUACAAGCAAAAAUUGGUGCAGAUAGAGGCCGAGGAAGCAGCCCUUGAGGAUCAACAGAAUGAUUCAUUGAGCCAGACAAUACCUAGUACCAUCAUGACUCCAACAAGCACUCCACAAAUGAUGAUUCCAAGUCUUCAGCAGUACCAGCAGACUAUGUACAACCAACAGCAGUCACCCAUACCACAUCCACCCACACCCACACUUCUGGGACCUGGAGAGAUCAUCAGGAGCUCUGGUAAAUUUGCUAAGCCAACUAGAAUCCCUGGAAAGAACUAUUGCAAAGAUGAGGUAGUGAUUCGUAAUGCUGAUUCUGGCAAAGUUAUGGGAAUAAAGGGCAGGCGGGUUCACAUGAUUGAGGAGCUUUCUGAAACCAUCAUCUCAUUCCAGAGAGUUGCCCCCGGUGCUCGAGAAAGACUUGUUCAGAUUACGGGACCAGCAGAGGAAAACAUCAACCAAGCUAAGCAUCUCAUAGAGGAGACAAUAAGACGCAAUGCCUCUCCAGUCCGAGGCGAUGAAAGAGGAUCCAUCUUCACUACUCUUGGAGGAUCAUCAUCAUCUAUCUCGUCCCAUACCUCUGAUGAAACUCUGCAAGUGCUUCGGAAGUAUCUCUCUCUUGAUGAGAUAUCGCUCAGUUCUCGGCGUUCAGGCUCGAAGAGGAACACCCUUGUCCACAGCCAGUCUAUGGGAGAUGACCCCUUAGGAGAAUAUCGCUACACUGUCACCCAUGGAAGCGAUGUUCUGAGGAUCACUGGAAAUAACUUGCAUCUUGUCAGGACGGCAAAAUUGGUGCUAGACGAGUUCUUCAGUGGUGAAAGGAAUUUAAACAACAUUGCUCUGCUCCUUGGUACAGAUGCAAGCAGUGAACCAGUGGCUGACUCAACAACUACGACAAGUCAGGGCCGACAACCAUCUCCAACUGUACAGACUCCCACCACUGAUCUAGACCUAACUGGUGAAAGUUUCAAAGGGGGUGUCGUUACAGUCGUGCGCCAACCUCUCUUUCCAUCUUCUUCAAAGGAGGCUAUAGAAUCUGCAGAGUCUAGCAGCCAGCCUGGUGAUCAGAGCUCAAAGAAUCGAAGAGCUCUCUUCCAGAAGACGAGUGAGGAUCGUGCCAAUGGGGACGAUGCGGGGCCCUCCACUCCUGGUACCACUAGUCCCAUGCUCGAGGCUGUGGUGGACCCUCUUCCUGCUGUUCCUGCUCGCCGCUGCUACACUCGAGCCUUCCUUGUCCAAUGUGCUUCUUCUCCCUUAAGUCGCCUCACCCCUGACAACUGGUCCCAAGUGGUGAAACAGACACCUAUAGUAUUCAAGAAGAACUGGCAAUACCUGUCCGGGGUGGUAGCGACACUGAAUGAACAAGGUGAAGCUGCUGUUAAUAGUGUGCCAUCAUAUCUACAGGCAAGUGAUCUUGAAGAUGCAGCUGUGCUAGCAAAGAGAGAGCUUCGAUGGACACUCGUCAGAACAAUGUCUACAACCGAAGAGGAUGACAAUGGAAACAAUGCUACAUAGAUGGUUGUGAAGUCUGUCACAUUUACUAGUUACUUGUAUAAGAUACUUUUAAGCUGUGUAGAAAAAACUUUACAAUGACAGUAUGUAUGAUGUAUAUAAAUAUUUUCUUCCUUGGAGAUAGUUAUUGGUUAGUUUCCUCAAGGAAGGUGCCUUGAUGCCAGUGAGCUCUUGAUCCAAGGAAUUGGAUCUAUCAUUGCCUCCCAUUUCCCUAGGCACUGUAUGACCCCCUACUGGUGUAGUGCCACUUCCCUUUUCCCUAGUGAAUGUAAUAUUGGUUUGUUGGAAUGACAAACCUCCUGUAGCUAGCAUUAAAAUGUAACUAAAACACAAAUUAGCUGAUGCCAUCUUAUCUGGUAUACCAUUAUCAGUAUGUUUAAAAAAAAACUAAGUUAAAUUAAAUACAAAUGAAGGAAGGUGGAGAUGGUCUAUUUCUGCUUAAGUUAAAAGGGGAAGUAAAAAAAAAGUUUAAGCACUGCUUAUGACCCCCUUCGGGUUUAGCGCUUGUUUGAUAAUUUUAAGUAUGCACUUAAUACAGUAUUAUAUUCACAUAUAUUGCUAAUUAUUAUUAUAAUCAAAAAGAAGCGCUAAGCCACAAGGGCUAUACAUCACACAUAUUGCUAAACCUGUUGGGGUUAUUCAGCAUUAUGUACUAGAAGCUGUAUAGUCCUUGUGGCUUAGCGCUUCUUUUUGAUUAUAAUAAUAAUAAUAUGUACUAGAAAAAGUAUGCCUAAUUAUUGUAUUAUAUAUUGGUUGACAAUGUAGCUUUCAGAUAUUGUCUAAACUUGUCAGUAGGUGAUCGUUUUCAAAAUUCCAUAGCAUCAGUAGUCAUUUCUCAACAUAAAGCAAGCUCAUUUCCCCCUCUAUAUAGCUGGAGCUUUGCUGGCCAAAUUUUUAAAACUGAACAGUAGUCAUUUAUAUACUUUGCUUUCCUAUUUUAAAUAAGUGAUUUAUUGUUUAUAUAUAAAUAGCUAAAUGCAUGUGGGUUAUUCAGCACUUGAAGUCAUGUGUAACCAUAAAGUUCUAAACCUUAAAGCAGAAUUUUGUACUUCAGUUAGAGUACAGUGAAUGUUUAAACCAACAGUGGUUCUGUGGUAAGGUUACUGCAAUGUAUUAGCAGCAGAGAUCUUAAUACUUUAGUUAGAUUGCAUGAAUACAUAUCCACCUAUCCUUCAUUUUCUUGUAUAUUAUAAAGCUGUGCCUUCUGAACUUGAAGUUCAGCUCAGACAAGGAUAGAAUGUCCAAAUACCAAAUCAAGCUAGUGCUGUGUGUUAACAGAGAACUUAUUUUUCUAUUUUUUUGUUUUAAUGCAAAUUUUACCAGUCUAGAUAGGUAGCCUGUUAUCAAAGUCUGGCUUUCCAGAUGGUAAAGAAAACUGUGCCCAGCAUAUACAUGUCUAGUUACUCAGGUUUAUAAGCUAUGCAUGCUAAAACAUGGUGCCCCAUUUAUUACAAAUGAAUGUCAAA